UCUCUAACAACCAACUUUGAACCAAUCAUCUUCCUAACUCAGGACGACGAAAUUAUCAUUCAAUUGAAUCAUCCAUCCAGCUGCACACCAUGCGGAGCCACCCUUCUCCCCUUUGAACGCAACCCAGGUGGAUUUCCAUCCCUUGUUUUUUUUUUUGUGGCAGGUCUAGCACGUAUCCCGUAUCCCGUAUCCCUCUUCUCCAUUUACGCUUUCCUCCCAAUAUAAGCUACAAACCAAACACUUUCCAUCGUUUCCCCAAACAACCCUUUUUGGUUUCUCCCUUAAGCCAUCCUUACUUUGACUCUGUCCUCUCAUGGCGUAAAGUUCAAAAAUCAAAAGUUGCAUUAAUUAAGAGUUUUUAGAACUGACACACAAGAGUCGUGUUUGGUUCCAAAUUUUCUUCUUCCCUUUUUUAUUUUUGGUUCUUUUUCUUUCUGGGCCUCAUCAGCCCUGUCACAUCCCUGGAGUCUUGAAGAGCAUCGUUAGCACUCAGCACAGGUUUACGUUUAUAUUACCAAAAACUUAAGAGAUUCAGAGCCAGGGUUUGAGAUUUCCGUGAGGAUGGGAAACUGUCAAGCGGCGGAGGCAGCGACGGUAGUGAUUCAGCAUCCGGGGAACAAGAUCCAGAGGAUUUACUGGUCUGUUAGUGCUAAUGAGAUCAUGAGUUCGAACCCCGGCCAUUAUGUAGCGCUCGUGGUUACGUCCCCGACGUUGAAGAACGAAAAUGGCAUGCCGUUGAAGCAGCAUAAGCUUUUGAGACCCGAUGACACUUUGUUAAUCGGCCAGGUUUAUCGCCUCAUAAGCUUCGAAGAUGUUCUAAAGGAGUUUGCUGCAAAGAAGUGCGGGAAACUUGGGAAACUGCUGAAGGAGAGGGGAAGUCUUGGGAUGGAGUUGAAGAGAAAGGAGUGCGCCGGUGGUUCCUCGUGUCCCAACCCCAACUUGAAAUCCGAGAAUUGCAGUUCUGUUAAGCAGGAAGUUCAUAGGAGCAAUAGUGGUGGUGGCAGCAGCAGCAGCGGUAGCAGCAGCAGCAACAGAUACAUCGGGAGACAACACGGCGGAGGAAGUGGUGGUGGUGGGGGGCAGUGGAGGCCAGCCUUGCAGAGCAUUGCAGAGGUUGGAACUUGAACGCUGUCACUGCCAUUCUCCACUUGUGCAAUAAAAAUUAUAUAAUUGGUUUCUCCCUUUCCAACACCUUUUAUGUUCUACAUUUCAGAUCCAGGGUUAGUUUGGGUUGAGUUGUACUUAAUUAGAUGUAGCCUAUCUCAUUUGGAAGCAUAAACUAGACAAUGAUCUCUGUUUUUAAUUCAUAAAAAAAACGUGUUAAUCAGCCAAGGAGCACUGGCUCGCCAUCUAUGAUCUUAUUCCAUUCUCCCACGAGAAUUAAUAUCUAGCACGUUUUCUUCAUUAUGUUACCUUAAUCGAUUUCAUGUGAUUGCUCAGUGUGCCUUCUUCAGAAAGAAGCGGAUUUUAUGUUGUAUGACGGAUGCCUUGGUGUGGCAUGAUAAUGAACACAAAAUUUUAAA